UCCUAACAAAAAAUCAUCUUGAAAACUUAUACCCUAAAUUUACACCAAAACCAGACCCCACUUCCCCACUUUUUCCAUUCCAGACAUACAAACGAACAUAAAACCUCCAUCAGGCCCAGACACAUUGAACCUUAAGAAACUUAGACCUUUUUUUUCUCUCUCUCUCUGCAACAACUACAGUCCCUGCUGGGACUGAGAUACCUUGCCACUUGCCAGUGGAUAUAGAGAGAAAUAAGAAGAAGAGAAGAGAAAAAAAGAACAAAGCCCAUUUCUUUCUCUCUUCUAACUGUUGUAUCUCUGCACUUUUUCAUCCGCAUGAACCCAUUUCUCUCUUAAUCGAAUCAUGGAAGAGUCAGAAGAGGCCAAUGCCACCACCAAAUGCAACAGCAAAACUGGGAGUUUCAAAGCCUCAAUAAACCCUCAUCAUCAUCAUCACCACCACCACCACCACCACCAUCAUGUUGUUCAUCACCAAUAUCAGCACCACCAUCUAUGGCAGUACUCAAAUCAAUAUGCUUUUUAUAACCAAAACCAGUUCCAGAGAUGCUACCCACUUAUUCUCCCUCUCCCUCUUCCUCCUCCUAUUCCUCUGCAGCUCGCUCUGGCUCCUCUUCCCCCAAAUACAACAACAACUACAAAAACCCACUUCCAGAAACCUUCCUGCAGGCUCAAUACUCCUCCUCUUGCCGCCCCCUCCGAUACCCAUCUUCCAAUAAUCAAGAUUUCUCCAGCUCCAAAAGGGCUACGACUGAAAAGCAAUUUACCACUUAAAGGAGAAAAUGGAAAAGUAAGUGAAAGUAAACCAGAGGCAUUAGUGGCUGCAAGAAGGCCAGAUUCUGGAGGAGUGGAAGGCCCAUUUAUUCCUCUCUUAGCUAACCAUUUCUUAGUCCAGUUUGACCCUUCACAACGUAUUUGUCAUUACAAUGUGGAAAUCUCCCCCAAUCCUUCAAAAGAAAUUGCCAGAAUGAUCAAACAAAAACUUGUGGAGGACAACUCUGAUUUGCUCUCUGGGGCCUCCCCUGCCUACGAUGGCCGCAAGAAUCUUUACAGCCCAAUUGAGUUCGUUCGGGAUAGGCUUGAGUUCUAUAUAAGCCUUCCAAUCCCUUCCAACAAGAUGAAAGUUACAGGAGGAGAGAUCAAACAUAAGCAGGAGUUCAAACUCUUCCGGAUUAGUAUCAAACUUGUCUCGAAGUUUGAUGGGAUGGAAUUGAAUCGAUACUUGACGAAAGAGGGAGAUGAUUGGACUCCAAUUCCUCAGGAUUAUCUCCAUGCUUUAGAUGUUGUGUUGAGGGAGACCCCAAAUGAGAAAUGCUUCCCUGUGGGAAGAUCUCUAUAUUCAAGUUCAAUGUGGGGGGGAAAAGAUAUUGGGGGAGGAGUAGUUGGUUUGAGAGGCUUUUUCCAAAGCCUUAGGCCCACACAGCAAGGCUUGGCCAUGAAUGUGGAUUGCUCUGUCACUGCUUUCCAUGAAAGCAUUGGAGUGAUUCCUUAUUUACAGAAACGCCUUGAUUUUCUUAGAGACCUUUCACAGAGGAAGACAAGGGGCCUAACCUGUGAAGAAAGGAGAGAAGUGGAGAAGGCUUUGAAGCAUAUCAGAGUUUUUGUUUGUCACAGAGAGAGUGUUCAGAGAUAUCGAGUUUACGGCUUAACCGAUGAGCCUACUGAGAGUCUCUGGUUUGCAGAUAGGAACGGGAAGAAUCUUAGAUUGGUGGGUUACUUCAAGGAUCACUAUAACUAUGAGAUUCAAUUCAGAAACUUGCCUUGUUUGCAGAUUAGUAGGAGUAAACCAUGUUAUCUUCCUAUGGAGCUUUGUAUGAUUUGUGAAGGACAGAGGUUUCUUGGGAAGCUCUCUGAUGAACAGACUGCAAGAAUGCUUAAGAUGGGUUGCCAGAGGCCUAGGGAAAGGAAAGCUAAUAUAGAUGGUGUCAUGCAAGGUCCUGUUGGGCCAACAAGUGGCAACCAGGGAAGAGAAUUCAGCCUCCAAGUUUCUAGGGAAAUGACCAAAUUAACUGGGAGAGUUCUUCAACCUCCCAAGCUAAAGCUUGGCGAUGGGGGCCAGAUUCGUGACCUCAUUCCCUCCCGUCAUGACCGACAGUGGAACCUCGUUGAUUGCCACGUUUUCGAGGGAACGAGAAUUGAAAGGUGGGCAUUGAUAAGUUUCGGUGGCAGCCUGGAUCAAAGGUUGAACAUUCCCAGAUUCAUAAACCAGCUCUCUAGAAGAUGUGAGCAAUUAGGCAUUUUUCUCAACAGUAAACCAGUUGUCCCCCCUCAAUUUGAACCGACGCAAGUGCUUAACAGCGUCUCAAUUUUGGAAUCAAAGCUUAAGAAGCUUCAUGGAGCUGCAUCGAACAAACUUGAGCUCCUGAUCUGUGUGAUGGAGCGGAAACACAAAGGCUAUGCUGAUUUGAAACGGAUUGCCGAGACGAGCAUCGGCAUUGUAAGCCAAUGCUGCCUCUAUCCGAAUCUUGCCAAAUUGAGCUCCCAGUUUCUGGCUAAUUUGGCUCUUAAGAUUAAUGCCAAGGUUGGAGGUUGCACUGUUGCUUUGUACAAUUCAUUACCCUCCCAAGUACCCCGACUGCUUCGAACCGAUAAGCCUGUGAUCUUUAUGGGCGCUGAUGUAACUCAUCCCCAUCCCUUGGAUGAUUUUAGCCCUUCCAUAGCUGCUGUGGUUGGCAGCAUGAAUUGGCCUGCCGCAAACAAGUACGUCUCGAGAAUGAGAUCGCAAACACACAGACAAGAAAUCAUUGUGGAUCUCGGAGCCAUGGUGGAAGAGCUGCUCGAUGAAUUUUAUCAAGAAGUGAACGAACUGCCAUCGAGAAUUAUAUUCUUCCGAGAUGGUGUGAGUGAAACCCAAUUCUUCAAAGUGCUUCAAGAGGAGCUGCAGGCUAUUAAAACAGCCUGUUCUAGAUUCCACAAUUACAAGCCUCCCAUAACUUUUGCUGUGGUUCAGAAGAGGCAUCACACAAGAUUGUUCCCGUUCAAAGUUGAUCCAUCUUCGAAUCAAAAUGAGGUUCUUGAUGAAAAUAUUCCUCCCGGGACGGUUGUGGAUACCGUGAUUACUCACCCAAAGGAGUUUGAUUUCUAUCUCUGCAGCCACUGGGGGGUUAAGGGAACAAGUAGGCCUACACAUUAUCAUGUACUGUGUGAUGAGAACCAGUUCACUUCUGAUGAACUACAGAAACUGGUUUACAACUUAUGCUACACAUAUAACAGGUGCACCAAGCCUGUUUCACUAGUUCCUCCAGCUUACUAUGCUCAUCUAGCUGCCUAUAGAGGCAGGCUUUACCUCGAGCGAUCCGAUUAUUCCACGGCUCAUACCCGAGGAGUUUCUGCUGUCUCUCGAGCUGCCCCGCCAAAAACAACGCCUCUACCAAAACUCAGCGAAAAUGUCAGGAAACUCAUGUUUUACUGUUGAAUUUUGUUGUUUUCAUCCAUGUAUAUUGUUUAUGCCAUAGAUGAAAUUUGCAUCCAAACUUCUGAAUUAGAGCUAAUUAAGCCACCACCAUGAAAAGAUUUAAGAAUUGAAGCUUCUUGCAUAA